AGCGCGGCGGUGGGCGGGCCUCUCCCGUCCAUUGUUCUCGGUGCCCCACGGGCUUGAGCUGAGGUGACUCCGGAGGGGCCGGACCGAGCCCGGAGGCGCUUUUGCGCGCGGAGCCGCGGCCGGAGCGGGACUCGGUCUCCGGAGAGCAGGUCUGCCUGCCUGUGGAGAGUUGGGGAGGGCCGUGUCUUCUCAGAGAGUGUGGCUGGAGAAGCCUCGAAGCCCCCAGCGCGUGGAUGAUGGCUGCGGAGGUGCCGAGCGUGACUGCUCCCCUGAGCCCCGUGGGCCAGGUGCCCCAAGAGGAGGACGAGCAGGAGGAGGCGGAGGUCACCACCAUGAUGCUGGAGGACGACGCCUGGGUGCAGGAAGCUGUGCUGCAGGAGGAGGGCCCUGAGCCUGAGCCCCUCGCGCAGGGCAAGGGCAGCCCCCAGGAGGAGGCAGCGGCCGGGGGGCCGCAGGGCGCGCUCGGCCGCCUCCGAGAGCUGUGUCGGCGCUGGCUGAGGCCAGAGGUGCACACCAAGGAGCAGAUGUUGACUGUGCUGCCGCGGGAGAUUCAGGCCUGGCUGCGAGAGCAUCGGCCCGAGAACGGCGAGGAGGCCGUGGCCCUGGUGGAAGACUUGACCCAGACCCUGCGGGACCGAGAUUUUGACACACACAGCGACAACGGGGAGAGUGACUCCGAGACAGGCCGUGCGUCCCGGGCCCGCGGGGAGGUGCCGCCCCAGGGCAGGGACGAGGGCCAGCUCAUAGGCCUGCAGGGCACCUACCUGGGUGAGAAGCCCUACGAGUGCCCGCAGUGCGGGAAGACCUUCAGCCGGAAGUCCCACCUCAUCACGCACGAGCGCACGCACACGGGCGAGAAGUACUACAAGUGCGACGAGUGCGGGAAGAGCUUCAGCGACGGCUCCAACUUCAGCCGGCACCAGACCACCCACACGGGGGAGAAGCCCUACAAGUGCCGGGACUGCGGGAAGAGCUUCAGCCGCAGCGCCAACCUCAUCACGCACCAGCGCGUCCACACGGGCGAGAAGCCCUUCCAGUGCGCUGAGUGCGGCAAGAGCUUCAGCAGGAGCCCCAAUCUCAUCGCCCACCAGCGCACCCACACCGGGGAGAAGCCCUACUCGUGCCCCGAGUGCGGCAAGAGCUUCGGCAACCGCUCCAGCCUCAACACGCACCAGGGCAUCCACACCGGCGAGAAGCCCUACGCGUGCAAGGAGUGCGGCGAGAGCUUCAGCUACAACUCCAACCUCAUCCGGCACCAGAGGAUCCACACCGGCGAGAAGCCCUACGCGUGCAGCGAGUGCGGCCAGAGGUUCAGCCAGAGCUCGGCGCUCAUCACGCACCGGCGCACGCACACGGGCGAGAAGCCCUACCAGUGCGCCGAGUGCGGCAAGAGCUUCAGCCGCAGCUCCAACCUGGCCACGCACCGCCGCACGCACCUGGUGGAGAAGCCCUACAAGUGCGGGGCGUGCGGGAAGAGCUUCAGCCAGAGCUCCAGCCUGAUCGCGCACCAGGGCGUGCACACCGGCGAGAAGCCCUACGAGUGCCGGGCGUGCGGCGAGAGCUUCAGCUGGAGCUCCAACCUGGUCAAGCACCAGCGCGUGCACACGGGCGAGCGGCCGCACAAGUGCGGCGAGUGCGGGAAGGGCUUCAGCCAGCGCUCGCAGCUCGUGGUGCACCAGCGCGUGCACACCGGCGAGCGGCCCUACCAGUGCCUCCUGUGCGGCAAGAGCUUCAGCCGCGGCUCCAUCCUCGUCAUGCACCAGCGGGCACACCUGGGCGACAAGCCCUACCGCUGCCCCGAGUGCGGCAAGGGCUUCAGCUGGAACUCGGUCCUCAUCAUCCACCAGCGCAUCCACACCGGGGAGAAGCCCUACCGGUGCCCCGAGUGCGGCAAGGGCUUCAGCAACAGUUCCAACUUCAUCACCCACCAGCGGACCCACGUGAAGGGGAAGCUGUGCUGACGCUGCGGGGGGAGGGGGACCAACUUCACCACCCACCAGCGGACCCACGUGGAGGGGAAGCUGUGCUGCCGCUGCGGGGGGGAGGGGGACCAACUUCACGACCCAGCAGCGGACCCACGUGAAGGGGAAGCUGUGCUGACGCUGCGGGGGGAGGGGGACCAACCUCACCACCCACCAGCGGACCCACGUGAAGGGGAAGCUGUGCUGACGCUGCGGGGGGAGGGGGACCAACUUCACCACCCAGCAGCGGACCCACGUGGAGGAGGAGCCGUGCUGCCCUGGACCAUCCCUGGGGUUUCCUCUGCUGCAGUCUUGCCCGGCUCUCAUUCCUAGGGCACUGGCAGAGGCCAGCCUCGCCACGUUCGAGAACAGAAACUGGGUCUCAUGUUUCACCGCUUGGUUGGGCUUCUCCCUGAUUCUUCUGUGCCUCAGUUUCCUCCUUGGCCUGGGGGGAGGGGGAAAUGUGUCUCUGUGUGAGAUGGAAGACAAAGAAAUACCAGACAUGUGUGUGUGUGUGGUUGUUUUGCUGCCACUGUUGGGCCAAGGUGCCUUCACCCCAAGCCGCCAGCCUCCCGGGCCCCUGCCCACAGCAGAACCUGCUUCUCCCGUCUGCGCCGUCUUGGGCUUCGGUAUCAGCUCAGGAUGGAGGGGCCUCUGCAGCUCCGAGACACGCACGUGAAGGUCAAGCCCUUUCUAUUUCCGUAAAGUCCAGAACCAACACGCUGCAGCCUGGAACGCAGGCCCCAGCGCCCCUUCCACUGGUCGGAGGCCAGGGCCUGUCGGGAGAGGUCUGCACGGAGGGCACCACGUGGUCUGCUCACUGCCCUGUGUUCAGUCGGCUGUCAGGGGAACACACUUGACCCUGGGCCUCGUGUUUGCAGCGUGACGUUGGACCCCAGGACACCUGCCGUCCGGGGUGCCGGUUUGUCUCAUCAAGGGCCAACAGUCCUGCAACCUGCAGACUCCCACGCCCAGACUCCUGAGUUAACUCCGUCUAUGCAUUCGUGAUCUCCCUGUUAACGUUUUCACUUUCUCUGCAGAGCUAGCACUCUGUCCGCUUUUCUGUACUGAGAACACCGUUAAGGGUUGAUUGAGGACAUCAGCGCUUCUGGGGAGACGGGGGCUGGGGGCCGGAGCUUGUCCUCCUCCUGUCACCGCUGACCUGGGGAUGCUGGCAGUGGAGACGGGAAUGCGAGCAGAUGAGGGGGUUGCUAAAAGGAAGGGGGGCGGGCAGGUGUUUCCCAGAAAUGGGAGGUCGCCACCUGCUGCUGCCUGUGGAAUCUGCUCAGAAUCAGCCUGGAUUCCCAGGGGACAGACGUGGCACGCCGCCGAAUAAAGUGGAGUCCCGUUCUGA